GGGUGGAGGCGCUGGCGGGAGGUGAGGCGCCAUUUUUAAAUUACUCGAACCGGUGGCGGCCGUUGGCGGCUGAGGGGGCUGGGCUGUGAGGGGCAGCACAAUGCAGCGCUGAGGGGAGGCCGGGAGCGGACUGCUUGGGGCUUCACCUCGCUGGGAGGCCCUUCGGCCCCGCUCGCUCCUCCCGUAGGCCGUUAGUUGCCAAACAGAGAGCUGCAAGGCCGGGAGGAGAGGUCGGCAGCCCGUCCCGCGGUGCGAUCGCCUUUGCCUCGUGUCCCGUCUGGUGACAACAGCCUGUUGCGGCCUCCGCUGGCUGCUCGUGGGCUGGUGGGUUUGGGAAUGACCUAAUUUAGGGCUGCGACGAACCCAUUCGCAGUCAGGCUUUUGGAUGUUUAUGUUCACCUGCUUGCUUUUCCACCAGUGAACUUCAGCCGUGGGCAGUUUGAGGACUCAUCGUGAACAGCCAUUAAAUGGAUGCUUUGGGCAGUGUCCUUCCUCCCAUGGCUGGAAAUGGUGAUACGGCUAAUGCACAAGAACUACAAAACCUUCUGAUUAAUGAAAAAAUGCAAUCUGAAUACUACAAAGCAAAUUUUCAAACUUCAAGUGCAGAAAAUCUAAGGUUACAGGAGGACUAUAUGAAAUCACAAGAUGAACUGAAGCGGUUGUUAGUUGAAAAGCAGACUGUACAGGACAGGUAUGAGUAUCUUCUUGCUGAAUGUCAAGAGGAGUUGCGGGGUAAAAUCCAAGAGCUAGAAAAACUGAAGAUGGAGGUGAUAAGUCCUCCAAAAAUAGAACUGUUAAAAGCACAAAUACAACGGGAAUUGGAAUCUUCUAUGACAGAACGUUAUCGGAAGCUAGAAAAUGAGGUGGAAAAAUACAGAACAGAAUAUAACAAACUUCGUUAUGAACAUACUUUUCUGAAAUCAGAAUUUGAACAUCAAAAGGAAGAACAUGCAUGUAUUUUAGAAGAGAAGAAAAUAAAAUAUGAGGCUGAGAUUGCAAGACUGGAUAAAGAUAAAGAAGAACUCCAUAAACAGCUGCUUAGUGUUGAUCCCACGAGGGACAGUAAACGCGUGGAGGCACUCUCUAGAGAAAAGGCACAACUGUUUCAGAAAUUAAAAGGCUUAGAAGCAGAAGUAGCAGAGCUAAGAGCAGAAAGAGACAAUUGUGUUGUGCAAGCAGAAAAUGUUCAAAGAGUACAAGUACGACAGAUAACUGAGAUGCAGGCUAUGAUAAGGUCUCUAGAGGCAGAAAAUAAGUCUGCUGACCUACAGAUUGAUCGACUUGAGAAAGAACUACGGAUGAGUCAUGAGCAAAAUGCUCUUUUAACUAGUAAACUUCACAAAUAUGAACGAGAGGUCAAUUCUUUAGCUGCUAAAGUAAAAGAAGUUAAGCAUUCACAUAAAUUGGAAGUAACAAAUGUCAAACUGGAGGCAGCAAAAACAAAGAAUGAGGCAGAAAGAGAGAGAAACAAGAUUCAAAGUGAAAUGGAUGGAUUGCUGUCAGACAAGGAAGUUCUUAAGGCAGCUGUUGAACAUCAUAAGAUGCUUUUAGCAGAAAAGGACCGGGAGCUAAUUCGUAAAGUGCAAGCUGCCAAAGAGGAAGUUCUUGAAAAGAUUGCAGCCUUACAGAAUGAAAAGUUAGAACUCGAGAACAGAUUAUCUGACCUAGAGAAGAUGAAGCAGGAACAAGAUACUGGGAGACAAUCUGAAAAGGAUCAAUAUGAAGAGAAACUGCGUGUUGUACAGAUGGCAGAAGAAUCUAGCAGAAAGGAACUUCAGCGUUUGCGAUUAAAAAUUCAACAGCAAACUACUCAGAUGGAGGAGCUGGAAGAAAAGAAACGUGAAAGUGCUGAUCUGAAACAGCAAAUUCACGACAUGCAAGUCCAGCUUGCCUCAAUUUCUCAAUCAGAAAAUGAUUUGUUGGAGUCUAAUCAGAAGCUGAAGGAAACAAUAGAGAGACUGAGACAAGAAUGUCAACAUGCAAGGAGUCAAGCAGAAAAAGCUCAGCUGGAAACAGAGAAGACUUUAGAAUACAAACGUAUAGAAUGGCUGGAGGAGAAGCACGUGCUUACUCAGUGCAUCACAGAGAAGGAAGAGAAAUACAGCCAGCUGAGGAACAAGCUAUGUCGAGCUGCUGUUGCUCAAAAAAAGAGAAAGACUCUCAAUGAUAAUAAACACAGGAGGAUGCAAGAGAAACUACAGCUUUUGGAAGCCAAGCUAGAAGAGUUGGAAAAAGAAAAUCAGGUGCUAAAUAGGCAGAAUGUUUCCUAUGAAGAACACACACGCCUCCAGAAGAGACUAAAGGACUUGCAGCGCAGGCACAAUGAAUUCCGGAGUUUAAUUCUGAAUCCUAACAUGCCGUCGCUCAAUCCAGUCAGUAUAAUGUCAUUGUCUGCCUUGCCUCCCGGGCCUGAAAUGUCCUUCGGCCAUCUCCAGGAGGAACAGCAUCAAAGAGAGCUCUCCCUGCUUCGCAAGCGGUUGGAAGAACUAGAAAACACACAGAGAAAACAGCUGGAAGAUCUCGGACCACCUAGAGAGCGAGUAACAUUGGGCACAUACAGGGAGUCAGGUAGAACCAAGAUGGUUGGAGAAGGUGAUGCACAAAGCGAGAACUCCAAAUAAAAUCUGCAAACUCCACAUACUGUUAGCUUUCAACAGCUUAUCCUGGGUACAGGCUUUUAAUAUUUUGCCAAACACACGUAUUUAUGUGCCUGAAUAGUGGCAAGUAUAUUCUGCAGAGUUUUGUAUUUAUUUUUGAUAGGCUGUCAUAAAUUAUCAGGUAUAAUGGUUUGACACAGAAGCAUUGCAAGAUGAACUACAUUUUGAAAUGUUUUUAGAUAAAUGAUGUAAAAUUAUUUGAAAGUCAAAAUAUAUGAAAUAAUCUCAUCACAUGCAACUUUAAAAGCAUUUAUGAAGAUUUGGCUUGUGCUGAUGUUUAAAAUAAAAAUGAAAACCAAAUAUUUUUUAUAAAUUCUUUAGAUCAGGUGUGGAGUUUUGCUGGUUUGAUGUUUUGACUGUUUUUUUUUUUAACAAUGCUGUAAUCCACAUUUGCAUUGUUGUUUUGAAGUUCCCAUGCAGAUAGAGGGGAUGAAAUGGAAAAAGUGCUGAAAGUUUUAUUUGCUACCCUUGACAAUGUACCUUUUGUAUUUUUAUAACAGGAACAAGCAAUAACUGGGGUUUUUUUACUAUGUUGUAGUAGAGAUGAAGUAUAACAGAUUGCCUUCACAUUAUGAAAAUUUAAGUUGGAAUUUGUUGGUACAGGAAUUCGUUUACUUAACUACAAUUUGUUUACUUAACUACAAUAAAUUUAUUUAUUCAAGGA